AUGGAGAACAAGAUGUUCUGCUCUUUAGCCAAAGGCGGAAACACUGUUCCAAAGCAUUUUGAUCAGAGAAUGUUUAAAAAAAUCAGGGGUGUGGAAAGUGUCACUGGUUCACUACUGGAAGUAAAAGGCACCUAUUUUGUUUCACCCAUAUUUUCAGGUCUUUGGGGCCAUGAGAAGAUUCAUUCAGGAAUAAAAUCUUACAAAUGCUUUGAGUGUGGGAAAUGUUUCACCCUGAUAACAUAUCUUCUUAGUCAUGAGAAAACACACAGAAGGGAGAAAAAGAAAAAAACUUACAAAUGUUUUGCGUGUGGAAAUUGUUUCACGCAGAGUUCAGCUCUUCGGAGUCAUUGGAAAACACACAGAGGGGAGAAAAAUGUAAAGUGCCUCGAAUGUGGGAAAUACUUUUCCAGUAAAUCAACCCUGGUGCGACAUCAAAAAAUUCACACCGGAGACAGACCCUUUGAAUGCCCAGAAUGUGGGAGAAGAUUUAUGUAUUCUUUUGAACUUCGGACACAUCAGAAAAGUCACAAAGGGGAGGAACCCUAUAAAUGUGGGGAGUGUGGGAAGGGUUUUCUUACACGAAAAGACAUGCAUAAUCAUGAGAGAACCCACACAGGGGAGAAGCCAUACAAAUGUUUGGAGUGUGAGAAAUGCUUUUCCCGAAAAGACACCCUUAGAAUGCAUGAGAGGAUCCAUACAGGCAUGAAGCCAUACGGAUGCAUAGAAUGUGGGAAAUCUUUUGCUUAUAAGGAAGUACUUUGGAGACAUCAGCAAAUUCACACUGGGGAGAAGCCCUUUAAAUGCAUCGAAUGUGGACAAUUUUAUCGUACCACAUCAAACCUUAGAAAUCAUAUAAAAAUUCACACGGGGGAAAAAAGUUAUAAAUGUUUAGAGUGCGGGAAAACAUUUGCGCGGCCAGCUCACCUUACAAAUCACAGCCGAAUCCAUUCGGGAGAGAAGCCCUUUAAAUGCUUGGAGUGCGAUAAAUGUUUUUCUCGGAAAGAUACUCUCUCGAAGCAUCAGCGAAUGCACUCUGGAGAAAAACCAUAGAAAUGUUCAGAUUGUGGGAAAGGUUUUGCCCAACCUUCAUCCCUUCAUAUGCACAACCGAGAUCACACUGGAGAGUAGCCUCACAACUGGGCGGGGUGUGAGAAAACCUUUUUUGUUGCAAAUCACAGCUAAAAAUGCACCAGGAAGUCCAUAGCAGAGAGACAUCUCUUGAAUUGUGAACAAUGCAGGAACACAUUUUCUUUUUUCAGAGGUCACACCUUACCAGGCAUUUCACACAGUGACAGAAGGGAGCUCUGCACUGGGAUAGGAAAUCCUGUUUUAGGGGUCAAAUAAAACUUUUAAGGUUUCAUUGAAGUUUUGUUUUCAUUGGAAAUGUAUGAAAGUACAUAAUCAUCUGGCCUGAGAUAUAUUUUUUUUUUUUGAAAAAAUGUUUUAGUCUAUUGUCCAGCCUUAAUAAAAGAAUUUACGCUAUCCUAUCACA